AACCCCAUAUCUAAAAGUAUAAAACCCAGGAACUGACAUAUAUAUCCAAAAGUUUUUGGCGGCAGAGGUGAGAGGGGAGAGGGCCCUCAGCUCCGUGGUCAGAAGAUCAGAAUUGAAGUGUUGAUGGAGGGGGGCGGUUUACGUUUGUUGCUGGGGAUGUUAUUUGUGCAGGCUGUCGCCGCAGGUUUGCAGCUUCUGUCUAAGGUUAUUCUGGGACAGGGAACCUUCGUCUAUGCUCUAAUGACUUAUCGUCACAUCGUUGCCACUUUCUGUGUCGCCCCCUUUGCUUUUACCUGGGAAAGGGAGAGCCUGAAGAAAUUGAACUUGUCUGUUGUGAUGUGGCUCUUCUUGGUUUCAUUGUCUGGAAUAUGUAUGGCUAUGGGAUUCUUUUACUUGGGUCUUCGAGACACAACAGCAACGUAUGCUUCGAACUUCCUCAACCUAAUCCCAAUUUUUACCUUUGCCAUCUCAAUAAUUUUUCGUGUAGAAAAGUUGAGGUUGAAUACUAAGGGUGGGAAAGUCAAACUCAUGGGUGCAAUGAUUUGUCUUGCUGGAGCGUUGACCAUUGCAUUGUACAAAGGCAAAACCUUCCAUUUCUCCCAUACUAAAGCAGUUGCUGCAGCCACUCAUCAAGUGAUGAAACCAAACUGGAAACGUGGCACUAUAUUUUUGGUGUGUAGUUGCCUGAGUUAUGGUUUCUGGUUCAUCACACAGGCCAAGUUGUUCAAGAAGUUUCCGUACAUGUACUCUGCAACCACGGUUAUAAGCAUGAUUGCAACGUUUCAAAGCAUGGUAAUAGGUCUAUGCAUUGACAGAAACAAGGAGUCAUGGAAACUGGGAUGGAACUUGCAACUAAUAACUAUACUUUAUUCGGGUACAUUGGCGACAGCUGCAACGUUUUGCUUAAUGUCUUGGGCGAUUUCUAAAACGGGACCAACUUAUCCUUCCAUGUUCAACCCACUGUCCCUGAUUUUGGUCGCCAUCACGGAAGUCAUUUUUCUAGGUGCAUCUAUCUCAAUUGGAAGUUUGAUUGGAAUGGCUUUUAUCAUAGCGGGAUUAUAUCUCUUCCUAUGGGGGAAGAACAUGGAAAUGAAAAACUCGAUUAAAUCAAAUACGACGAAAAGUUUAGGUCAACUAAUAGCGGGAGAAGGUGGUGGGUUGCAAGCAACGGCGGCGGGGGCUGUGGUGCCAUCAUCAUUAACUUAUUCUUCUAAUGAGCAUUGCAGUGCUGUAGUGGUGCCAGCUUCUUCUCCUAGCUAUGACGAUUGCAUUGAGAUUGAAACUGGCAAUAAUAAUGAACAAGUGAAUUAAUGUGGUAAAGUCUUAGGUAGAGAAGAAAUUAAUGUUUUUCUAAUGUAAUGUUGUGAUGUUAGUUGUAGCAUUUGCGUGCACUGCUCAUUAACUUGUGCUUCUACUAUUGUACUACAUAUAUAUAUGUAGUAUUUUGUAACAACUCCUUAUAUCCCAAAGAUUAACCUAAUUGAGCAA